GGGAAUGUAAUGGAGCCACCCGCGGCCCUGGAAGGGUGAAGCUCCUGCGUCCCGGGCCGGGGCGUCCGAGGUCGGGGCGUCCGAGGUCGGGGCGUCCGAGGUCGGGGCGUCCGAGCCAGGACCGCUCUGCCAGAGACCAGGAGAGAUGGGGAACAACAAAAGCCUGUCAGGGCCCAAGCUCCACUCACGGUUUCUUCCUGAGGAGCAGGCGGAGCUGGACCGGCUGUUCGCCGCGCUGUCGCCGGGGACGGGCAGCACAGGGGCCUCGUCCAGGUCCUUCUCGCUGCAGGCACUGAAGAGCUAUGUUGGCGAAGCUCUGCCCCCAGAGAUGGUCACCAGACUGUUUGACGGCAUGCGGAGGGUGGACCUGGCCGGGAAGGCGCGGGGGCCCAGUGAGAGUGUCUCCCGGGAGCAGUUCAUGGCCGCCAUGUCUUACCUGCUGAAGGGAAACGCGGAGGAGAAGAGCCUCGUGAUCCUGAAGAUGAUUACUGCCACAGAAGGUCCUGUGCGAGCUGGAGAAGUCCAGAAGUUCACAGAGGGUCUGGUUGGCGCUGUGGAGCACGUGCUGGUCCACCGGCAGGAGCUGAGGGGCUGGACCCGGAGGAGAUUCCAGGGCCCCCUGGCCGGUGUGGGGGUGCUGGCCGCCCAGCUGCUCUCUGAGUUGAAGCUCCAAGGUGGCCAGAAGUUUCCGGAGCCCCAGUGGCUGGACUGUGAUUGCGACCGAGCCGUGAUUGAGGACUGGGUGUUCCGGGCGCCCCUCGUGGGCGUGUUUCUGAGUGUGGUCAUCCACAGAGGCUUUCUGCUGCUGUCCCCGUCCCUCCAGCCGGCCCCGCUGCUCCCCGAGCGCCACGUGGGCCCGGGGGGGGAGGUGGAGAGCCUCCUGGACGUGCUGUCGGCCGUCUACCUCGGCGCGCAGCUGCGCGGGGAGCAGCGGCAGCGCUGGCGCCUGCUCUUCUCCUCGCGGCUGCACGGGCAGAGCUUCGCGCAGCUCUGCGGGCGCAUCACACACCAGGGGCCCUGCCUGGCCCUCCUCCAGGACCGCGACGGCCACGUGUUUGGCGGCUUCGCCUCCUGCUCCUGGGAGGUGAAACCUCAGUUUCAAGGAGACAGCAAGUGCUUCCUCUUCUCCAUCGCCCCCCGCAUGGCCGUGUACACACACACGGGCUACAACGACCACUUCAUGUACCUGAACCACGGACAGCAGACCAUGCCCAACGGGCUGGGCAUGGGCGGGCAGCAUGGCUACUUCGGGCUUUGGAUAGACAGUGACUUCGGGAAAGGGCACAGCAAGGCCAGGCCCGCGUGCACCACGUACGGCAGCCCGCAGCUCUCUGCCAAGGAGGACUUCCUGUUUGAGGCCAUGGAGGUGUGGGCCGUGGAAGAGCCCUCAGAGCUCCAGCGGGUCAAGAAGAGCGUCCUGGACGUGGACCCUGAGGCCCGCAUCCUGCUGGAGGCUAGCGGGCGGACCCGCCACAGCGAAGGGCUCCUGGAGGCCCCUGACUACUGCAGUGACGACCCUGGCAGUUGAGGAGGCGCCUGGGGCCGGCCGGGACCCGAGCCCCCGCCCCGCCGGGCCAUCAGACCCCCCGCCAUGUUGGUUCAGCUUUUCGUGUCGCCAGAAGGAGGUGCUGCCUGGACACGGCCCUGCCGAGCCCAGCACGGUGCCCCUUGCGUGUCAGGCCAGCAGCUGAGUCUCACGCGGGGUCGCUUCCUCUCCAUGGGAUCCAGAGACUCGGAGCGAGCGUGCGGGAGGGGCUUCCAUCCGAGGGGGUCCCGGGGGUCCCGGUUAGCGCCUCUGCUCCAUGACGGCUGCUGUACCUGAGGGGUGGAAGUCCAGGAAGGGCCUGGUAAUGGGAAGAUGCCCAGCCUAGGGCUGGGCCCUGGGCGGGCGUUGACGGUAGGGUCCGCAUGGAGCUGUCUCUGCCCUUAAAGCAGACGUGCGGUGGAAGGAGAAACCGAGAGGUGGGUCCCAGAGCAGGCUGGCCAGUGCUGGCCUGCCUGGCUUGCCCGAUGCUGGACACAGCGCCAUCCCAUGGGCCGGUGGUGAGCAUGUCUGGCAUGGGUCCAAGUCUCGGCCUCCAUUGUUCUAUCCAUGAUGUCUGCCCUGGGAUGGCUUUCGUUUUUGGUUUUGCCAGUCCCGGGGCUUAAACUCCACAUUUUGCACUCUCCCUUAGCUUUUUCACUUAAGAGUAGUGCUUUACCA